UUUAUAUUUGUGCUUUUGGUCGGCGGGAGAUAUAGUUCUAUCUAACUGGAUUUAGCUAAUAGUACUGUCCUUUGUUUUGUUGGAGAGUGUCAACUUAAAAGUGUUAAAAUGGAGGAUUUUGGUGUGUAUGCAAUAUUUGGAUUAGAUGAACCACCACAACAGAUCUUGAGGCGUGAAGGCUGGCAGAGUUCAGUGGAGAUCCAGCCUGGUGUUCAGCUGAUGGUUCUGUUCACCAGAGGAGGCUGGGGAAAGCGAGAUUCGGUCUCUGUGGAGCUUUCUGAUGAGAGAAACAUGCCUAUUACUAUGGGGAAGCUCACACCGUUUAAUAAAUGUCUAUCAUGGGAAGCUGGUGAUGAUGGUGUUUGGUCCAGUGGAGCAACCUUAACUGUCAAACUCAAUGGGGAUACUAAUGAUCUGUUGGAUCCAGUGCUGACAUUUUCACAGAUGGAAUGCACUCCAGAGUGUACCCCCACAGUGCCAGCAUUACGGGAAUGUGCAGGAAAGAGGAAGCGGUCUCAGGGAGAGGAGGACGAAGGGAUCAGUGAAGGUAGAGGCAAGGAGAACAUCUGCCCUAAUGCCUCUGAAAAGGCUACACCUCACAGACGGGGCAAGAGCAAUCCUCGUAUAGGUCAAACACGUCUGUUCUCUCAAAAAGAGGAGCAGACUGCAGCUUCUGGUUUUCAGAACCACAAAACCAAAGGCAAGCAGGCCAAAACCUCCUCGCAGACUGCUCAGCUGGACAAGCCAUCAGGUCGCUGGGGUCAGACUCUCUGUCCCAUUGAUCCUCAGACUGCCAUUUUGAUUGGAGGACAAGGUGCCAGAAUGCAGUUCUGCAAAGACCCCAUCUGGAAAUUGUGCACUGAGGAUCUUUCUUGGGUGCCUGCUGAAACCCUGGCUGAAGGACCCACCCCUGAGGCCCGGAUUGGUCACACAGCGACCUAUGACCCGGAGUCUAAGCGUAUCUUUGUGUUUGGAGGCUCAAAGCAUAAGAAAUGGUUUAAUGAUGUUCACAUCUUGGAUACACAAAGCUGGCGUUGGACUUUGGUUGAGGCGCAGGGAAAAGUGCCUCCUCUGGCCUACCACAGCUGCAGUAUGUUCAGAGGAGAGCUUUUUGUGUUUGGAGGAGUGUUUCCUCGCCCACAUCCACAACCAGACGGCUGCAGUGACUCCAUCUACAUCUUUAACCCUGAAAUGGCCAUCUGGUAUCAACCCAUUGUCAAUGGAGAGAAGCCUGCUCCACGCUCUGGGCACUCCGCAUGUGUGAUGCAGGGAAGGAUUUUUGUGUUUGGCGGAUGGGACACCCCUGUGUGCUUUAAUGACAUGUUCAUGCUAGACCUCGGCUUGAUGGAGUUUUCUCCUGUGAAAACAAGUGGAACAGCCCCAUCUCCCAGAAGCUGGCAUGGCUGUGCGGUUCUUUCAGAAAGCAGCUUCCUGAUCCAUGGAGGUUACAAUGGGAACAAUGCUCUGAGUGACGCAUUCAUCUUCAACACAGACACUAGUUGCUGGUCAUCUCUGACUCUACCUCAGCUCAAUUCUGUACCCAGAGCUGGACAUUCUAUCAUUACUAUGCCCACCACAUGCAAAAAGGGAUCUAUAGAUGAACAAGAGGAAAUUUUCGAGUCAGCCCCACAAACACUGCUGGUUUUUGGAGGAGGUGACAAUGAAGGGAGCUUCUUUUCAGACCUGUUCACUAUGCCAGUAAAGGACUUAAGCAGAGACUAAUCAUCUCCCUCAGUAUUUGGUUUUUAUAUGCAUUUUUUACAUGUGUUUUAUGCUUCGGUCUUUCAGAUUUUGGUCUUUGUUUUUGGAGUAAUUUAAAGAGGUUUAUUAUGUAUUCACUCAGGUAUUUGCAUUGUCAUCGUUAAUUAGCAAUUAGUUUAUGCACAGUUCUUGGGAAGUCACUCUUUGUGUUAUGGAGGAUGAUUUGUGAUAAAGACUAAUAUUAGUAAAUAGUGUGGGCUGUUUCGUAUAAAAGAAGACCAUUUCAAAAAGCUUAUUUACUCACCCUCAUUUGAUUCUGAAGUGCACACGAUGACAAUGUCUCUCUGCAGUUGAUCCAUACUUGUUUUAUGAUAUUGCAGGUAUUCAAGGUGUAGUUUACCCCCAAAUUUUAAUUUACUCUCCCUCCAUUUGUUCUACGCCAGUUUCUUCAGUUAAACAGAAGAUAUUUUGAAGAAUGCUGGAAAGUGUUAGCUAUUAAUUCUGGUUUCCAAACAACCAAUUUCCAGAAUGCCUUCUAACACUUAAUGUCAAAUUCUCCCACAGAGAUGUGUAUGGCUUCUAAAGGCCUUUUUAAAUUGAGCACAAGUGCUUUUAAUUUCUGUGAUUCUUCAAAAUCCCUCAUUUUGUGUUCUACAGAAACUGGCAGCAUUUGUUUUUGGAAUAUGAUGAGGGUGAGUAAACAAUGAUAGGUUUGGAUAUUUUAGGUGAAUUAUUUACUUUACUGUCAUAGAUGGAUAUGAAUUUUCUGAUUCACUGUAUCAAGGGGAUUUGAAUUUGAUCUAUGAAAAAUCAUUGAGGUGUCCUUUUUGUAAUUAAAUGUCCACUUUUAGAUUAAGUUUCCUUUUUAUUUGUGAAUGUCUGUGUAAAAUUAUGAUUUAGCUGUAAAUAAUGUCGCUGUUCAAAAAUAA